AUGUCGGAAUCCCACAGCAGCUGUGACGCCCCGGCCUUCCUGCCGACCGAUUUGCGUUGCCGCGUAUUGCACUACUUCCUCGCGACAGUCGUGGAGCCACGCGUAUUGGAUUUCCAGUUCCGGCUCCAGCUGGCAGACCUUGAGGACUGCCGCUGGAAAGUCCUCCCCGGCCGCUACUUGGCCGCCCGUGUGCGCUCUGCCAACGCGACUCUGGCGACCAACCACGAGUGUCGCCAGCUUGCGCUCAAGGCAUUUCCCGACACGCUUACCAUCAAGGGCGAGACGGUGAAUGGGCUGGUUCGCUUCGACAGGACCAGGGAUGUUGUAGCCGCGCGAAUCUUGGCAAUUAGCUCACACCUAUGGACAAGCUGUACUCCCGAAGAUAUGCGACGGUUCGGGCCGUUUCUGGUUAGGAAUGCCGAAUACAUAAUCCCCGGAUUUUCGGACCACGUCGAGCGUCUCGCCGUCGAUCAUAUCGAUUUAGACCGCGCAGGCUAUAUAUGGAGCAUGGAUGGCGAUAACGACCGCAAGGCCCUUAAAGAUAUCCAUUGGUGCGGCUACGCUGACGCCGUUAAAGCCUUCGAAACAGUUGGGUCGGCACGGGUCGCCUACGGUCGAACCCGCCAACUCUCCAUCGCCACCGUCUGGCCGGACCCGGACGGCCAUCCUGACUUUGCCAGAGCCCGGGUGAAACCGCCAAUGACGCCGCUCACCCGAAUGUUGGAAAUAUACGACGAACAUAAAGGGGUGGAAGAGGACUUGUGGGAUAUGUUUGCCGGGGUCGAGCUUUAUCCGAUGAUCCAAUUCGAUGGCAAAUCGAGCCAGCGAGUGUUGGAGAGGCUCCGGAAUGCCCCCUGCUGCGAGGAUCUGCCCGAUGAAGAGGCCCCUGGUUUGAGUGAGCCGUCGUGCGUCGCCACCGUCGACUGUGACGAUCCCGAGGGAUGUCUAGGUCACUCUGCGGAGAGCGACCUGGGAGACACAGGAGAAUAG